UAUUAACUGUACUCUACAUUUUAUUAAAAUAUAUUUUUAUUCUUUGAAAUAUUCACGUAUUUUUAACAUAGUAGUUUUGUGAAUCGUUUUAUUUUAAGACAUGUAAUUAAUUGACGUGUUAACGUUAUUUAUAUUAACAACAGAGUGCGUGUUAAUUUUUUUUUUGUGACAAUUAUUUUCGUGUCUUAUAUUUUUCGUGGUCUGCUUUAUAGUAUAUAAAAUAAUAAACGUUUAUUAUUUGUAAUAUUUCACAGCGGAAGUGUUUAUCAGUGGCAUUAUGGCGUCCCGAUUGGCAAUCUUGUGGCGCACAUCGCUAAAAAAAAGACCCGUGAUCACCAACACCGUGGUGUAUGCUACAUUCUACACAGCGGCUGAACUGUCACAGCAAACGUUUAAUAAGAUCUAUUCGCCGGAAAAGCCUGAGAUAGAUUUAACCUCCGCAGGCCGUAUAGCAGCCGUUGGUAGCUGCUUGUAUGCACCUACCCUUUACUACUGGUAUAAGUUCCUGGAUAGAAAAUUCGUCGGGACAGCCGUCAAGUCAGUUGCUACGAAGGUCGUUUCUGAUCAAUUACUCAUGACUCCAGUAUUGCUUGCUGCAUUCUAUACAAUAUUAGGAGUCCUCGAGCGAAAAGAAGACGUGUUCGAAGAUCUAAGAGACAAGUAUUGGAAAACAUUCAUCGCCAAUCAAGCUUUCUGGAUUCCCGGACAGAUUAUAAACUUUGCAUUUGUUCCGUCUAAUUUACGGGUCGUUUAUGUAGCGUCAGCUUCUUUCAUAUGGAUUAAUGUUCUUUGUUUUAUAAAGAGACAAAAAGUUGUUAAAAAUACUGAGUAAGUUGUUAAGUUGAAUUUAUUGUACUGUAGAUCUUGAUACCAGCUCGAUGAUACAGGCAAUUAUUGAACGUAACUUUAUUUAUUGCAUUGAAAAUCAGAUAAUUUUUUAUAAAGUGAUUUUGAAUAUAGAUAUACAUUAUUGAGGGAUAGCAUAGUGUACGCUAUCUCUAUAUAUUUCUAAAUACUAAUCGCUUCAAUUGUCGCAUAAAUCAUAAAAUUGGAUUUGCUUCGAGCAAGCACUGUUACAUUGGUCAAAGGAUUUUGGCUUUAUCGUAUAAAUAUGUAAUAGCGAUAGAAAAGUCAUUUAAAUUACACAUUAUUUACAUAUUCCGUGCGAUUCGCUAAUAGCUCUGCUAUAUUAUGCACUACAAUUAUUAAUAUAUUUAUAGUACAACACUUAUAUUCUCUUUAAUUUUAUUUCGAAAGAUUCGACAGAAGCAUCGCCGACAUUUAAAACGCUAUUUUAUUCGCGUAUCCAUAAUGUUCUCUAAUGGGAAUAGGCUAUGGUAAGGAGUCAAUUCUGCACUUUUGUAUUUUGAAGGCAUUUUUGAUUUUUGCCAUUUGAACAAUUUGAAACAUUUUUAAUAAACGUAAUGAAUGUUAUAUGAAUACCUAUAUAUCUAAAAACAAUAGUAAAAUAUAGUAUAUUAUGUUUAUAAUGUAAGUAUUACGUAAUAAAUCAAUGUAGUUUGAGUUAAAUGUAAUGAAAACAUGAACAAUUUACAGCCGAUUCUUGCAGAUAGAGUCGAAACAUUCCGAAACCUACUUGAUCGAAGAGAAUUUUUAAAUGAUAUUGAAUCAAUUUGGAAUUCAUUGUAAUAUACAUACAUAAGUUUAUAAUGAUUUGUUGUAGUGACAGACGCGCUCAUAAGAGCCGAGGUGGGCGUGAAAAUUGUGGGUCUAAAGCAAGCAACCACGACUGAGUUUUCAAAUGUAUGUAACGUAAUUCAUACUUCAUCUCAGCGGUGAAACUUUGUCCAUAAAUGGAGAAGCACUUGCACAGCUAUGGGACAUUACAGGCUGUUAUUGUACUCUUCUAGGCAUUAAACCCGUGUAGUAGUUGGGCAUGGAUAUGUAAGUCAUCGAUAUGUAAUUUUAUUAUUAUAUUCGCUUAAAUGAAGUUGUUACACUCUAAUAUAGACGAAAAUAGUCAAGAUAAUAUAAUAAACACACCAAUUAUUUAUGGUGGUCUUUAUAGUAAUAGAUUAAUUAAUAAUUAUUUAAUUCCAAAGAGAAAGUCUAAAAUAGUUAUUUUAUUGUACUAAU